AUGGGGCUUCCAGACGAGAAGUUCGACACGGAGGAAGUGACACCGGCAGAGGAGAUGGAAGACGACGAGCCUUCAAGCCCUGUUCCAAGGACCAGCCCCGGAUCUCGGCCGCGGAGCGAGGAGAGCGAUCGCUUUGACCGGCGGAGCAGGGAAGACCAGACGCUGGGUGAAGUUCAGAAAGAUGAGGAAACCCACGAGGAGAGUGUAGCUUUCCGUGCUUUGAUUCAAUGCCAAGAGAAGCACAUGAAGAAGAUCCUGCGUGAGCUAGACCAUGGUGCCAAGGAGUCCUGCUGGGCGUGGUAUAUCUUCCCCACCGAGAAAGCUGGAAUGUGUGAUUUCGACGGGACUCGAAUCACCAAGGACAAUGCGGUUGACCUUUGCAACAAUGAAUCCACUGCGAUGGACUGGCAAAAGUGUCUUGAGAAGAUUUGCGAUUUGCUCGAGGCUCGAGACAAGCGGCCUCCAGAUAGCCAUGUUCUACCUCGAAUUGAUCACGGCCGCGUGCAUUGGUUUAUCAAGUUUUGGGCCAAGUAUGAGAAGACCCCUGAGUGGUUGCUGAAGGUUUGCGAGCAGAAGCUGCUCAAGGCAUCUUUCUCAGUGGCCAUCCUUUCAACCUUGGUCGGCACCGCCACUGGCACUUGUGAGGAUGUGUGGUUUGUGGAGGGGAAGUUUUAUGGUGAGACCUUCACAUGUGGAGAAAGAAUUGUGCAUUUGCAAACUCCUGAGGGUGGUGCCUUCUCAGAGCAAGACGCCCGGGUGAAGACCGCACUUGAGGAUGACAAGUGUGCUGAUUGCUGGCCUUGGGAGAAGUACCGGGAGGAUGGUGAAAUUGAACGGUCCAGCAAACGAGGUGUGGCCAUCGAGAAUCACCGUCUCACUGCUGAAUCACUCACAGGACUGGCCAAGGUGGUCACAUGGGGGAUGACCUGGGCAUACCAGACACAAAAUGGACCUAGCUUGGAUGUGUGGGACAUGGCGGGUGUGGACUUUGUCCCCUUGGUUUGGGGUCAUGAGACGAUCUCCGAGAUCCAAGAAGAUGGCCUUCAGGAAGGACGAACAGCUUUGCUGGGCUUCAAUGAGCCCAACUUCCCCAAUCAGGAAGCGGCGGCUUAUUGGCCACAGCUUGAGCAGAUCGCUGCAGAGAAUAACAUCACCACGCUUGUGUCUCCGCAGAUGAAUUACCAUGACUCCAUGGAUCCCAUCGAGUGGCUGAGUCAGUUCUUCGAAGCUUGUCAAGGCUGCAAGGUGGAUGCGAUUGGCCUCCAUGUCUUCGCUUGCUACGCCAACGGCUUGAAGUACCACCUGGACAGAUACCGGGUCUUUGGGAAGCCAAUGUGGGUCACAGAGAUUGCCUGCUCAGACCCUUACAACCCUCAACGACUCUCUGCUGAAGGACAGAUGGCUUACAUGAGGGAGGCCAUUCCACUUCUUGAAGCAGACGAAGAUGUUGAAAAGUAUGCCUGGUUCAGCUACUUCCAGGACGAGUGGGCACACCCCAUCGUCGAUGGUCUAAAUGGUGAUGCAGGCCUUGUUUUCCCAAAUGGGACUCUGACGGAGUUGGGUAAGCUUUACACCUCCUUCGCCGCAGGAACCAACUUGACUGAGAUCAACAUUACAGUGCCUGACCCGCCUGAAGUCAACGAAACAAACCAAACAAACGCUACAUCCACCACAGUGACCGUGACAACUUCAGGCUCUACGGUGUCCUCCACCGUAUCCUCUACCGUCUCCACGGUGUCCACAAGCACGACAAGGUUUUUGGCAGCAUCCACGACCGCCGUUGACGAUGUCACCACUACUCUGCCUGAAACUUCCUCCAGUGCUGACACAACAGAGGUGACCAGCACUACCAAGAUUGCCACAACUGAAGCCACCAGCACAGAGAUGCCUAGUACCACGACCACCAGCACAACGGAGAUGGCCACGACCAGCACGAGUGAAAUACCUACCACAGCACCAGCAGCAACUACUGUAGACACCAGUACCACCCAGUUGACAACGACUGCGAUGGCCACAUCUACGGUAUCCAUGGGUGCAGCCACCACUGUACGUAUAGCUACCACCGCUGAGAUGACCACCACUACAACAGAACCUAUGACUUCGACUGAGAGUGAGGACAACAGCAGCAACGGUACGGUGGCAACCACCGACGCCUAUGGAGGCAGUGCUGAUGCCCAGUUCGCAUGUCUCAACGAAUUGGAGCAGGGAAGUUUCCCAGGCAUUUUCCUCCUUUUGGCUGUAAUUGCGGCAGCUAUGGCGGGCUCCGCUCUCACAUCUCUUUUCUACGACAAGCGAUGCAGAAGUAGGUUCUGCUUUUGUUGCCGUAAAGCUGACAAGGAGCAGGAAGAUCUCAAGAGAUCUCUUUCUGGAGACUGGCAGGGUAGCUACUUUGGAGUGAUGGGUAACAGUGCGCCCACCAGCAAAGUAGCACCGGAACCUAGCCUUCUCCUCCCGAUGGAAGCUGUUGCUCGUCGGGUGGCGAGUGGAUCACCUCACGCAAAUGAUGUGGUGGAAGGAACGCCAGUGGUUGGAACCCUGACCCAGAAAAGCAAGAAGAGCGCGUUGAACGAGAUUGCGGUGGGCACUCCGGUUCAAAGCCGGGUUUCCCGGCAGCAGGCGGUGAAGAUGUUGGUGGAAUCCAUGGAGAAGGAGAAGUCGUCUUCCGACCCCAUGGGCGGGCUCCUCGCACGUGCCAAGUUCGUCGGGGAUGCUGAUGGCGCAGAGGCGAUGUUAGCAGAAGCUGCCAGACGCGCAAGCGCCUUUCAGGAGGAGUUGGACAAGCAGAGGCAGAAGCUUCAAAAGCGGCAAAAGAAGGAUGGCAAACCGUCUUUGCUGGAUGCUGCGGACUUGAUGAACCAGACGGAUGAUCUGGCAGGAUUGCAGAAGCAGGCAGAAGAAGAGCUGAGCUCCUUGAAAGCCUUGCAUGGCCUCAAAGAUGGCAACGAAUGGGGAAAUGCGCUCUAUCCCUGUGAGGCCUGUGGCUUGUUGGAGGACACCUGGAAGCAGUUCCUCUCCGAUUCACAAGCUGAAGCCCAGGCCGCCCUGGCAGAGACCGCCAAAACCACCAAGGUGCUCAAUUCAGACGAUGAACGGAAAGCUGCUUUGGCGGAGGCUGCCCGUCGACAGGCAGCUUUCCAAGAGGAGCGAGAGCUGCAGAAACAGCGGCAGAAGCUUCAGAAGCGAAGCAAGGCUGUGGAAGAGUUGCGCAAUGGAGCGCGACAGGGAUGCGGCUAUGGAAGAGUGUCGUCAGAGUUGCGCUCAGUGAGGUGUGCUGCUAAUGGAGCGGACUCAGAGGAAUGGAAAGAGCUCCUUCAGGGGUGGGAGGCUAUGAAGGAGGAGAUGGCAGAAGUGUGUAACCAGGCCAGUGACACAGUGGCCUUCUCCAUUUUGUCGGACAUCGACUGGCUGAUGGGGCUGAUGGGAUGCAGCACAUGCGCCCAGGAUUUCCAAGAUGCAAAAGAGAAAGCCAGUGGCUGGGCAUCAACCGCCAAGCUUGGGGAGGUGAGCCGUGAUGAACAGCUGGCCUUGUUGGAAGAGGCUUCACGUCGUAGCAAGCUCGGAAGUACGGCAGAGUUCGCACCGAACAUUCGUGCAGCAGUCUUCGAUGAAGAGCUUCAGAAACAACGAUCGCAACUCAUUUGCAAAGUUGACUGCUCCAACCAACUUGACAAUCUUGACCAUGAACACUUGUUGGAACCAGCCAUGCUUUUGAAACCAGUUUAG